ACUGCAGCGCCAGAAUGACCUUUAUUGAAGUGUUUUAAGCACCGGUCGCUGUGGCGGCCACUUGAGCCGCUCUCUCUCUCUCGUUUAUGUCCCCCUGUCCCGAGGUUAGACGGGCUGUAUUGUUUCUAGAAAGGUGGGAACAAGACAGUCGGUGAGAAAUGGGAGGUAACGGCAGCACCACCAGGAAAGUGUCAUUCGGGCUGGACGAAGACGAGAAGGUCACAGUAAUUGAAGGAGUGAAGCUCUCAGAUGAUGUGCUCCGGCGGAUGAGGGAAUCUCAGGGCUCUGACAGCAGCAAGCCGCCACCGUCUCCAGCAGAAAGUCAAAAACCGCCACCAAGUCCAAAACCAACAGGACCCUCCACUACAGAAAUACAGGAAGAAAUCCGCAAAAACUUCGAACGUCAACAGGCACUAGUGCAGGAGCAGUUGGCCAGACUGGCCCAGAGGGAGAGAGAGUCAUCAGUAACCACAGGCCUGGAUGAGCUGACCCCUGCUCUCAUCAAAGAGAAAGGAAAGACCUACGAAGAGCGAGAAAAGGUCAAGAUUCUGGUGAGUGAUGUUUUCUGGGUCUAUGCCAGAAGUCAGAGCUGUGCUUUCCACCAGUGGGCCUGAUGAGUUGUAUUACAC